AACGACCCGGCCCGCGUGUUAAACCCUCGUCUUGUUCCGUCCCCCUCCCGAACUCGGCGACACCAAUGGCGCAGCCGCCGCCGCAGACGCCGACGGCGGUGAUACCGCGGGCGGCGUGGGAGGGGUGCAGCGUGCUCCUCGACAUCAACGACGGCGACCGCCUCGCCUUCUUCCGCCUCACCCCCGGCGCGACGGUGAAGAUAGGGGACAAGAGCUGCUCGCUGCAGCCGCUGCUCGGCCGCCCCUUCGGCUCCCUCUUCCGGGUCGGCCCCGACGGCCUCCUCCCCUGCCAAGAUGACGAUAAGCCGCGAGACGGCGGUGCCGCGGAGGGCCAGGCGCAGGAAGAGACCAGGGACAAUAGGUCCCUGGUCGACAAUAACACCGCGCAGACGCUGUCCAGCGAGGACAUCGAGGCAAUGAAGCGGGAGGGUGCGAGCGGUGACGCGAUAGUGGAGGCUUUGAUAGCGAAUAGCUCCACAUUUGGAAAUAAGACUGUGUUCUCACAAGAGAAAUACAAGCUCAAGAAACAAAAGAAAUAUGCGCCUAAAGUGCUCUUGCGACGCCCCUCUACCAGAAGCAUUUGUGAGACGUAUUUCAAGAAGUAUCCAGCUCGAAUAGGGUUUAUGCGAGUUGAUACGCUCUCCCUAAUGUUGUCAAUGGCAAAUGUUGGUGCAUAUUCAGAUGUGCUUGCCGUUGAUAUGGUUGGGGGUUUAGUUGUUGGAGCUGUAGCUGAACGCUUAGGAGGUACAGGAUAUGUUUGCAGCACAUAUCUUGGAUCAGUGGCCAGCUCUAUAGACAUAAUAAGAAUGUAUAAUUUGAACAGCGAGAUGACCAGCAGGAUUUUCCAGGCACCACUUAGCAACUUGUGCUCCUUGAAAAGCUCUGGCAAUGCUCCUGGUAGCGUUCAAGGUGAUGCGGUCGAACCUAGUGCAGUACCAGACGAGAGUCUUCAGUCAUCCCUGGAAAAACCAUCUGAUACAGAAGUGUCAGAUGGGAAGGCGCAGUCAACAACAGCGCAGCCAAUUGUUAUAGAGGCCCCUGAGCCUUCAACGGAUGAGCACCUUAAUCGAGGUGACAUUCCAAUUGAUAUAGAGGCCCCUGAGCCUGCAACGGAUGAGCACCUUAAUCAAGGUGACAUUUCUAUGCCAGAUUGCAAAGGAAAUAAUGGCAAUUCAAUAGCUCCCAAAGCACCGAGAGCAGGAAAAGCACCCUCACCGGAGAGGAUGAAAUAUUGGGGAGAACAUGGCUUUAGCAGUUUGAUUGUUGCUGCUCCUGGGCACGAGGUGGAGAGUGUGGUUGCUGAUUUGCUUCCACUCUUGUCUUACUCGGCCCCGUUUGCUAUUUAUCACCAGUAUCUUCAGCCUCUUGCGACUUGCAUGCAUAGUUUGCAAGUAUCGAAAAUGGCUAUUGGGUUACAGAUAACUGAACCCUGGCUUCGAGAGUAUCAGGUCCUUCCAUUGCGCAGCCACCCACACAUGCAGAUGAACGCGUUUGGUGGUUAUAUCUUGAGCGGCAUCCGGGUACACAAGCCAGACCCGUUGGGAGCACGAGUGCAAGAGAAGUCAUCUGGUGCAACGGAGAGCAUGCUUGUCUCGUUGUAACUUCUUUUUUCUACGGGUUGCAGCGAUACGGUUUGCGUUGCGGCAUCAGGUCUGAGGAGUAUACUUGUAAACAAGUAUGUCUUGCAUCCUUCCCCUGUGGGAAGGACAUGUAACAUAUGCCUGCCGGUAUUCGCCUGUGUUGUAACUGUGGUUGAUUCACAUCCCAGUUUUGAUUAAUUCACUCUCGUACCAGUGGAACAUUGAUAUGCCA